CCCGGCAUGCCGUGCGCUGCUGACAGCCUUAUAAAUAGUCGCCUUUGCGGGCGGGCGGCCGGUGAGGACGGGCAGGGCACGCACUGUCCCCGGUGCCCCCCGCACCCCUCCCUCAGAGUGCUGACUCGGCUCCCCACACCUCGGCAGGAUGGAAGAGAAGCUGAAGAAAACCAAGAUCAUCUUUGUGGUGGGCGGGCCUGGCUCGGGGAAGGGCACCCAGUGUGAGAAGAUUGUCCAGAAGUACGGCUACACCCACCUCUCCACCGGGGACCUCCUGCGGGCUGAGGUCAGCUCAGGCUCAGCCAGGGGCAAGAUGCUGUCGGAAAUCAUGGAGAAGGGGCAGCUGGUGCCACUGGACACAGUGUUGGACAUGCUCCGAGACGCCAUAGUGGCCAAGGUAGAUACUUCCAAAGGCUUCCUGAUCGACGGCUACCCCCGGGAGGUGCGGCAGGGAGAAGAGUUUGAGCGGAGGAUCGGACAUCCCACGCUGCUGCUGUACGUGGACGCAGGCCCCGAGACCAUGACCAAGCGGCUCCUGAAGCGUGGAGAGACCAGCGGACGUGUGGACGACAAUGAAGAGACCAUCAAGAAGCGCCUGGAGACCUACUACAAGGCCACAGAGCCCGUGAUCGCCUUCUACGAGAAACGCGGCAUCAUUCGCAAGGUCAAUGCCGAAGGCUCCGUGGACAGUGUCUUCUCCCAGGUGUGCACCCACCUGGACGCCCUCAAGUAGCAAAGCUGGAGCCCCUUCCCCAGCUCAGAGCCCGGCCCCACCCUCGUCCUGACUCAAGGCCUUCCCAGCCUGAGCUCAGCGCUUCCACCCUGCCCGGCCGGAGCACAGGCAGAGGAAGCCACUUUAUCCUGUUUUCAUGGACAGCCGAGCACUAAAGGAAUUUCCAAGGACA